AUGGUGGAAGACACUAUGCCCAUGAGUGAAGAGAGAAAAGUCAGUUCUGCAGUCUUUGGGGAGUCUCCAGAAUCUCUUCCUAACCCUCCCAAUACUCCCCGCUGGACAUUCUUUGUCCUUUCCUCUGCUUUCUUUACCACAACACAGUUGACUACCUCUAGGAGUUCUCCAUACAUGGAGGUUGCAGACAUAGGAAAUGCGGAAUUGAAUCCACUAGUAAUGGUGGCACCAUCCUUGCCAACAUUAACACUUAUUUUAAGUUUUCUGUUGGUAACUCCUGGAAGGAUCAAUGGUGAAUGUGAGUUGUGGGUUUAUCUCUAUGAGCCUGAAGAAUUGUCCUUACAGAGAGGAGGAGACUUAAAGAAAAAGGAGGACUUCAGCCCUCUGCUCAUUGGAAUGGGUCUCACCACCUCACUGGGCACCAUGGAAGCCAGUGGAGUAGCCCUCAUCCAAGCACACCAUUUGGUCAGAGACUUGCAGGACAAGCUUGACCAGGCCAUGUUUUCCACUGCAGACAGUCUCAAGUCAUAUCACCUAACUAGUUUUAUUCUUCUGAUUGAAGACCUCAAAGUUAAGUUGACAGAAGUGAAGGAUGAGUUAGAGCCAUUGUUACAGUUGGUGGAGGAAGGGGUCAUUCCACCUGGAAAUGGAAGCCAAUACCUGAAGACUAAAUAUAACCUCUACUUGAACUACUGCGCAAACAUUAGUUUUUAUUUGAUAUUAAAAGCCAGGAGAGCUCCUGCACAUGGACACCCUGUUAUAGAAAGGCUGGUUAGCUACAGAAAUCUGAUCAACGAUCUGUCCGUUGUGGAUCAGAAACUGUCCUCCGAAAUCCAUCACCUACUCACAGUCAAGGAUGGUGCUGUAAAGAAAGGACUGAAUCCAAAAGAAAAAUUAACCAAAACCAAGGCAAAGGCUGCUGCUACUGCUGAUCCGUCUGAGGAUCCUGAUUUUGAUGAAGCUGCACUCCAAUACUAUAAGGAAAUGGAAGAUGGGCAAAAGUUAAAAAGAAAGAAGGAAGAAAAUAGUGCCGAGGAGCAGGCUCUCGAAGAUCAAAAUGCAAAGAGAGCCAUUACCUACCAGAUUGCUAAAAAUAGGGGACUUACACCUAGAAGAAAGAAGAUUGAUAGAAAUCCCAGAGUUAAACAUAGGGAAAAGUUCAGAAGAGCCAAAAUUCGAAGACGAGGCCAGGUUCGUGAAGUGCAUAGAGAAGAGCAGCGCUAUAGUGGUGAACUAUAUGGCAUUCGUGCUGGAGUUAAAAAGAGCAUUAAGCUUAAGUAAAGUUCCUCUUUGGCCUAGUUUUUGGCAAUUACUUUAGAUCAAUAAAAGGGUUUUUAACUAA